AUGUCUACCACAAGUACUACACACGGAACUUUCCAUAUUGAAGAGUUGGUCGAUUCUAAAAGAGGACCAAGAACGACAUGGCGUGUUCAACAAGAUAUUUCUGAUCUCUUCGCCGCUCUUGAUGAACUAAGAUUCGACCUUGAUCCUUUCGGUCAGAACGAAAUUCCAAAGGAAAACACAUACGAUUAUAACUACGAUUUUACCUACCAUCAAAAACCUCUACCACCCCUACCAGCCCUUCCAAGUUCAACAUGCAUAGACUCAACACAAAGCGACACAUCAUCAGUAUCUUUCAUCUUUGCACGACGAUUCGAGCAAGAAAAAGCCUAUAACGACAGUAUCCGACCAAAAGACGUUAUUCGAGAUACUGUACAACAAAAAGUCGAGAAUUGGCUUGGACAAUUACCGGAACGACAUGAUGUCGCGCAUAUCCUACGAAAAGACGCAAUGCAAAGUUUUAAACGACAAGUCACGAAACGAAAUCGACGACAAGCAUCAGAACCCAUCAACUCUAUUCCCAGUCCACAAAUCUCAGACGACACUACCAUUGCGGUCUCGGAUGAUUGCAAAUUGCCGUUUAACAAGACGGACAGUUUCCAGUUGGUCGGAAAGCCUGUUGUUGAUCGGGGCAAUGAACUAGAUGGAUACCACUCAGCAUUAUUACAUAUUCACAGACCGUCAAAAAGUCUUGGGCACAACAACUUCCGUCCGUCAUUAAGACGACAAUAUCCAAGGGGUUUGGAAGAUGAGGCUCGGUUAGGGAUAGGUGUUCCUGUUCCUGGGGCGGAAAAAUGGAUCUAA